UGCUGGGGAGGAGAGGCGGUGGAACUGGAAUAGGCGUGCUCAGCCACACCUCCUCGCUCCUCCAGCUGUUAAAGCUCCCAAGGACGCCAAGCGCAGGGCUGCUGCUUGGCUGAGGUUAACAGGAGCAGAGGUGACUGUGUUACUGGCGCACUGGGAAGUUGCCUCUUCUAGCCGGAGCCUCCCUGCUGCCUUCUCCGGGCAAGACCCAGAAAGUUUUGGUGAAACAUUUCACAGGGAGGUUGUUCAAGAAGGCAAGAGGAUGACGACGAUGACAACGACGACAUCGCCUCCCCGAGGUUGCGGCAACAUCGAUGCUGACUAUUACCUGCUCUGUGAUGUGGAGAAGGCCUGGGGGAUUGUCCUGGAGUCACUGGCUGCAGCUGGUGUCCUCGUCACCAUUUUCCUCAUCUGCUCGCUCUUCUCUCUCAUCUGUAAAGUUCAAGACAACAACAAGCGGCACAUGAUCUCCAUCUAUUUCUUCUUUCUCUUAGGCACACUCGGCAUUUUUGGUCUCACUUUUGCCUUCAUCAUUAAACUCAAUUCCAGGACUCGCCCAACUCGCUUCUUCCUGUUUGGAGUCAUCUUUGCUCUCUGCUUCUCAUGCCUCCUCACCCAUGCCUUCAACCUCAACAAACUAGUGAGAGGAAGAAAGCCCUUCUCCUGGCUAAUAUUGCUGCUCCUCAUUGUUUCUUUUGCCCUGGUACAAGUUGUGAUCAGCAUUGAGUACUUAGUCACCAUGCUAGUAAACCAGAGAGACGAUUUUUUGAGUAUGACUGCAGAGGAGACCAACAAAGACUUUGUCAUGCUUUUGAUCUAUGUGCUCUUCUUGAUGGCUCUGACCUUCUUGGUUUCCAUGUUCACAUUCUGUGGCUCAUACAAAAGGUGGAAGAGGCAUGGGGCACACAUCUUUGUCACUGUCCUGUUCUCCAUUGCCAUUUGGGUAGUGUGGAUCACUAUGCUCACGAAAGGCAACACAGUUUUAAAUAAUCCUAGCUGGGACGAUCCUGUCGUGGCCAUUGCUCUGGUGUCCAAUGGAUGGAUCUUCCUGAUAAUGUAUAUCAUCCCUGAAAUUUGUUUCCUCACUGCCCCUCCAAAGCUGGAGGACUACCCUCCAGAAAAUGACUUUUGCCAACCCAAGCUCAUAAAGCAGACGACUGGAGUGGACAACCGUGCCUACACCCAAGAUGAAAUUGUGCAAGGAGACAGAGAAGAUCUCAGCUACAACCCAUACUCUUCUCACUUUCAGAUGAAGAACAUUGAACCCCAAAAUAAUUUCUCCAUCCCUCGGCCCAACGCCCGGACAAGCCCAUACCAUGACUACACUGGUGGGAAAGGCCCCAUGUAGCAGCUCUACUGGGAGCAGAGAUUAAGACCCUGUCAGCAGAGGCGCAAGGAAUGGGCCAUGUGGUGACAAGUGACUUGAUGCUACAGGAGAGUCAAACCCACAAUGGCAAUGCUGAUGAUAAGGAGAGGAGUCCUCUUUUCCCUGAACAGGCAUCUUUGUAGCCCACUCUUAUUUGUCAAUCACAGCUUUCAGACACUGCUCUGACCAUCCUGUUCCUGCUAACCCAAUUACUCCAUGGGACAGAGCUCUUCUCUUCUGACAGAGGAAUGUGCUAGACCUGUCCUGACCUAUUUUCAGCAGGAAUGCUGUAGGGCUAGAGCAGCAAUAAGAUCAUCAGGUGGACCUGUGACUGGGUCUACCCCAGCCAGGACUUGCUUUGAUCAGCUUGUGGGUAUGCCUGCACCCCACAUCUGACAGGAGAAAAGGCAGGAGCAGGAGCAUUAGCCCUACACAUCCCUACUCCUGCCUACCCAUGAACACAUGACCAAGGAUGCCCUUAUCUAUCCACUGUUACUGUUGUGCCCACUCCCAGCUCUGCCUGGAUCUCUUAGAGAUCAGUAGAGGUGAGACAGAGAAAGAUAGAGAAAGCAAGAUUAUUCCUUUUUUCUUCUUCAUUUUCACUUCCAACCCCUUCCUCAUUGCCUAGAGACCACAGUGGAGAGCAGGAAAAAAAUUUAAAGACACAAAAAUAUCUACAUCUAUUUACCCUGACACAUUUUCUGAUUUGCACUCUAGCAUCAGCCUCCCUCUCAGCUCCAGCUCUUGACCAUGUGCCCCAGCUGAGCUCCUUGGGGAGCUCAACCCCAAAAUACCUCCCUCCCCACCCCUGCCACACCAGGCUGUGGGUCCCUGCAGACAAAACCUUUUCCAUGCAACUGCUUGCAAUAGCCUGGUGGAAUUUAACCCUAUGCACCUUGGAGAUCUGCCUCCUCCCAAGUGUAUAUGUGAUAUUAAUAUGAACAUUUCCCAAGCAGACAGGUUAUGGAGGGUGAGCACCCUUGUUCCCAGGAGUGAGCGAGCGUGAGCAAGUGCAUGUGUGUGCAUGUGUGUGUGUGUGCACGGUGUGGACUGCACCCUGGUGAUGAGCAACAAAUCUGCAGAGCUGAAUCAUUCUGUAGCCUGCUUUGCAUUUAGUAAAUAGCUUUCCAUGAUAUUUCAUAUAUAAAUACAUAUUGCUCUCCAAGUGGGUGUGUAUGGUACAACAGCGUCUGAUGCAGCUAUGUAUUUAUUUAGUAUUUUGUGUGUGGAAUAUUUAAUUAAUAAAACCCCAAACAGUCUGA